AUGCACAAGGAGCAUGUGGAGGGGAGAGUGGCGUUCUGGGAGGGGGAGGCUGAGUCACUGGGGCCCCAGGGCACCUGGCAGCACCUCAACCUUGGGCAGGAGGGGCCCUGGCAGCACGACACACUGGGGCUGGCUGGGCCAGCAGCCUGUUCUCCACAGCCCCAGGCUCCGACACCCACAGACAACUGGGGGGUCAUCUGCCAGCUGGACAGGGAAGCUUUAUGGCACCUGUUGCUGACCCAUCCUAACCCCCUGUUCUGGGUGGGGGAGCAGCUGGGCAGAGAACAGUUAGAGCUGGGGCUCUGUGGCAAACAGGGCUCCGGGGCCCCCCCCAGGCCCGAACCCGAAGCCCAAACUCUCGACCUCACUGCAGAUACGCUUACGCCGGCUAAGCGCCUCCCGCAGGAAAUCCCGCCCCUCCCCCCGCCCCCCCCGCCGGAUCGGGAGCAGAGGGACCGUCCCGGCCGCGCAGUCGGGCUGUCAGUCAGUGCCUGCGGCCACGCCCCCAUCCGCGCCAGGCCCCGCCCCGUCGCGCUGGGCCGCGCGGACUUCCGGCGGUGGGCGGAGCCCGCGGGGCGCGCAGGCGCAGACGGCGGCCAGAUGGAGCCCGAACCCGAGCCCGCGACCGUGGAGGUUCCUGAACGACGCGGGAGCGUGGGCGCUCGGGAGCUCCUCGCCGCCCGUUCACGGACCCAGAAGCUGCCCCAGCGCUCGCAUGGCCCCAAGGACUUCCUCCCCGACGGCUCCGAGACCCAGGCCGAGAGGCUGCGCCUGUGCCGACCCCCACCACUCCCGGGCACUGAGACGGACCCCUCCCCGCUCCUCGCCAGGGGCAGCUUGGUGGCCGCCGAGUGGAGAGCAGAGGAGGGCUUCGUGGAGUUGAAGACUCCCGCGGGUAAAUUCUGGCAGACCAUGGGCUUCUCACAGCGGGGCCGGCAGCGGCUGCAUCCCGAAGAGGCUUUAUAUCUGCUAGAGUGUGGCUCUCUCCAGCUCUUCCACCAGGACCUGCCGCUGUCCAUCCAGGAGGCCUACCAGCUGCUGCUGACCGAGGACACUGUGACUUUCCUGCAGUACCAGGUCUUCAGCCACCUGAAGAGACUGGGCUACGUGGUUCGACGAUUCCAACCAAGCUCUAUCCUGUCCCCUUAUGAGAGGCAGCUGAACCUGGCCGGCAGUGCCCAAUACUUGAAGGAUGGGCACGGCAAGAGGAAGAGGAGGAGCUCUAGCUCUUGGUCCAUUAAGAAAGCCAAGGCCUUGGAGGACACCCCGCAGCCCGAGAACCUAGCCUCCAGCCCACCUCUCCGCAACCAGAACAGCCAAUGCCCAGAGGACAGAACCCAGGAAUCCAGCCCUGUGAAGGGCCCACCAGGCCCUUUUCAGCCUCGGGGGUCCCUGGAACCCUGCCCUGGCCCAGCCAGGGAAGGGGCAGGGUACAGCCUGGAGAGUAACAAAGUAGAGAAUGGGGUCGAGGAGGCUUGCAAGCCGCGCUGGAACUUUGAGCAGAUCUUCUUCCCCAACAUGGCUUCAGAUAGCCGCCACACUCUCCUGCUUGCCCCAGCCCCAGAGCUGCUCCCAGCCAACGUCCUGGGACGGGAGACAGAUGCAGAGUCCUGGUGCCAGAAGCUGAACCAGCGCAAGGAGAAGCUGUCCCUUAGGGAACGGGAGCAAUGGGUGGAGGCCCAUCACUCCAAGGACGUCAAUGCUGAUCCUGAGGUGCGGCGCUGCUCUAGCUGGCAGGAGUACAAGGAUCUCCUGCACAGGCGGCACCUGCAGAAGAGCCAGAGUGGCCCCCCACACCUGUGGGCCCAGCCCAUCACCCCCUUGCUGAGCCCUGGCCAGGCGGACUCCCCAGCCAUGGUCCUUCAGCAUAUAUCGGUGCUGCAGACAACACACCUUACAGAUGGAGGUGCCUGGCUGCUGGAAAAGUCCGGGGGCUUGGAGAUCAGCUUUGAUGUUUAUCAGGCUGAUGCUGUGGCCACAUUCCGAAAGAAUAACCCUGGCAGACCCUAUGCCCGGAUGUGCAUCAGUGGAUUUGAUGAUCCUGUCCCAGACCUCUGCAGCCUCAAGCGGUUAUCCUACCAGAGCGGGGAUGUCCCUCUGAUCUUCGCCCUGGUGGAUCAUGGUGACAUUUCCUUCUACAGCUUCAGGGACUUCACGCUGCCCAGGGAUCUAGAGCACUGAUCCUGAGCACAGCUUUUGGGGACCGAAGCCUGCUCUGGGGAACCUGAACUGUCUGUUCUCAGGGACCAUCUCAGCUGCCUCCUGUACCCAGACUCUGGCCUGUAGUCUGGGCCUUGGCCCUGGGUGUCUCAUACUCUCAAAAGAGUGAAGCUGUCCCCAGCAGCACUUCCAAGCCCCAGGCCUGAAAUCCCUGCCUUAAACUGACCCCCUUGGAACUCAGGACUAGAUUUCAGAGACCCAAGAGAUGGGACAGAAGAGAGGACUCUGUGCCUUUAAAGAGAGGGUGCCUGCUUCGUGCCAUAAAGCCAAAGCCAUUAAAAAUAGAUCACUUUUC